AUGGCCGACGACAACUACAAUCGUGAAGAUGACGUCGUUGAAGAAGAGGAGGAACUGGACGAGACGGGCUAUAAAUCAGUAAGGGACGCUGUCCUCUUCGCGAUCGAAGUUAGCGACUCGAUGCUCCAGCCACGUCCGUCGGCAGACCCAAAGAAACGCAGCCAGGAGUCGCCCGCUACUGCUGCAUUGAAGUGUGCAUAUCACCUUAUGCAGCAGCGCAUCAUCUCCAACCCCCGUGACAUGAUAGGCGUUUUACUAUAUGGAACAAAGCAAUCUAAAUUCUAUGACGAGGACGAGAGUAGCCGCGGUGACUUGUCAUACCCUAAUUGCUACCUCUUUACGGACCUUGAUAUUCCUUCCGCCCACGAGGUUUUAGAACUGCGGUCGUUGGUUGAGGAUGAAGAUGAGGCUAAGGAUAUUCUCGAACCAUCAGAGGAGCCCGUUUCUAUGGCCAAUCUGCUGUUCUGCGCCAACCAGAUAUUCACUUCAAAAGCCCCAAACUUCGUAUCGCGACGGCUGUUCAUAGUCACCGAUAACGACAAUCCUCAUGGAAACAACAAAUCUCUUCGCUCUGCAGCAACUGUGCGAGCAAAAGAUCUAUACGACCUUGGCGUUAUAAUUGAGCUAUUUCCGAUAUCCCAAGUGGAUCAUGAAUUUGACACCUCCAAGUUCUACGAUGACAUUAUUUACAAAGCCUCGCCUAUGGAUCCCGAAGCCCCUGCCUAUCUGAAACCGGAAUCGAAAACGACGGAUGCCCAUGACGGAAUUUCAUUACUCAAUGGUCUCCUGUCAAGCAUCAAUUCCAGAUCAGUACCGCGGCGUGCGCAGUUCUCGAAUAUGUCUCUGGAGCUUGGGCCAAAUUUCAAAAUCUCAGUAUCGGGCUAUAUCCUCUUCAAGCGUCAGGAGUCGGCGAGAAGUUGCUAUGUGUGGCUGGGCGGAGAGAAACCACAGAUUGCAAAGGGAGUUACUACACAGAUAGCAGAGGACUCCGCACGAACCAUUGAAAAAUGGGAGAUUAAAAAGGCAUACAAAUUUGGUGGAGACCAGGUUUGCUUCACCCCGGAUGAACAAAAGGGAUUGAAAGACUUUGGUGAGCCAGUGAUCCGAAUUAUCGGUUUCAAACCCCUCUCAGCGCUACCUUUCUGGGCCAACGUCAAGCAUCCGUUGUUCAUUUACCCAUCCGAGGAAGACUACGUGGGCUCCACGCGGGUAUUCUCGGCCCUGUAUCAGAAGCUCUUAAAAGAUCAGAAGGCUGCGCUUGUCUGGUACAUUGCACGCAAGACUGCUGGUCCAGUUCUUGCUGUGAUGAUGGCCGGUGAAGAGAAGGUUGACGAGAACGGCGUUCAGAAAAUGCCUUCCGGCCUGUGGAUUAUACCGCUCCCCUUCGCAGACGAUGUUCGACAGAACCCUGAAGCUACUCUGCAAGUUGCGCCCGAGUCACUUAUUGAUAGAAUGCGAACAAUUGUCCAGCAGUUACAGCUUCCGAAGGGCGUUUACGACCCUCAAAAAUACCCUAAUCCAUCACUUCAAUGGCACUACCGCAUCCUACAGGCGCUGGCGCUGGAUGAAGAUAUCCCUGAGAAACCGGAUGAUAAGACCCUGCCCAAAUAUCGGCAAAUCGACAAGCGCGCUGGCGACUACGUCUUCGAAUGGUCCGAAGAAUUGGACAAGCAGUACAACCAAAUAACAGCCAAUCAGGCAAAGAUGACCACGCUAGCCAAAAGGCCCGCAAAGGGAGACGCUGCCGAUAAAGCCGCUCCGCCAGCAAAAAAAAUCAAGGCCGAAGCUGGCUCCGGCAACAUCCAGGAAGAAGUCCAAAAACACUUUGCGAAGGGGACGCUAUCCAAGCUCACAGUAGCUUCCCUCAGGGAUUACCUCGCGUCCCAGGGCCGUGCCACGGCGGGUAAGAAGGCGGAGUUGCUGGAGCGGGUGGAGGAGCUUCUGGAGACAAAGUUCUAG